AUGGUGGCCCCGCGCGCCGCUCCGCGCACGUGCCCCGGGCUGCCGCCGCAUGUGCCGGGCGCCGUGCAAGGCCGCGUGCACGCAGAGUUGGUGCACCUCGAGCUCGGCGGGUCCGCCAUGCGAGACUUGCAGGACUGCGGCGUCGUCGGCGUGCUGGAGUGGUGGGGCCAGGACGGGAACGACCCGGCGGUGCCGCGGCUCUUGCCGCAGAACUUCUCGGCGCCUGCGGAGGGGGGCGCCUACAGCGCGGCGUUCCCCCUUCGGUGCUCGCCCGCGAAGUUCUCGGCGUACCUCGGCGACAUGGGGGUGCUGAGCGUGCGCUUGGACAGGGCGGCCGGUGCCGCCGCGCUGGUUGGGGUCUGCGAGGCCGACGUCGCGCCGUGGCUGACGGGCAGCGACCUCCGGAUGGACGCGCAGCUCCCCGUGUUCCGCGGCCCCGGCGACCGCGCGGUGAUCGGGCAGUUGCGCCUGCGCCUGCGCACGGAGUGGCCGCAGACCGCGCGAUGGCGGCCGGAGGCCGACGUGCUCUCUUCCUUCGAGAGGAACGAGCGCCUAGUCGAGGAGGACGAGGGCCUCCGCCAGCGCCCUCGCCCACCCGCAGCGCGAGAGGCCCCCGUGGCCUCAAGAAUGCCGGCGGAGGCGCCGAUGCGGCCCCCGCGCCCGGCCGAGGGCGCGGCCGCGUUCCCGGCGGAGCCUGCCGCGGUUGCCCCGGUGCCCCGGGCAGCGCCGGCGCCCCCGCAGGCGGCCGAGCCACCGGCCACGAGGACCGCCGCGUUGCCCGUGCACCUGCGGGUUUGGCUGGGCUCCGUGCGGCUGCGGGCGGCGUCGCUGGCUGGCGUCCGCGCGGUGUUUCGGCUGGGGGCGUCGCAAGAGGUGAGCGCCUGGGUGCAGCGCGAGGCAGCAGGCGGCGCCGCGCCGGCCGGGGAGACGUGCGGCGUCAUUGCUCAGGGCGCGGUCUCCAGCGAGCCCGUGUGGCAGUUGGGCGCCUUGGUGAGCGGCCCGGCGCCCAAGACCGUGCAUGUCCAGUUCUGGCAGGGCCCCGACCAGGGUCCCAGCUUGAUCGGGCUCGCGAGCCUCGCCGUGCCGAUGCUGAGCCUGAACGCGGCGCAGGACAUCUGGCAGCAGGGCCGCGCCACGCUCCUGGAGACUGAAGCGGAUGUGUGCUCUCUGGACUCUGGAGGGGCCGUGGGCGCCGUGCAGGUGUUCCUGGCCGCGGGCCGAACGGCCGUGCUGGCGAGGCCCAGCUCCCCGCGGCAGCGGCCCGCGAGCUGGGAGCUCGGGGCGGCCAGGGAGCGGCCCGCCGCUGCUGGACCAAAGGACCCGGAGCCUGGAAGCCAGGCGGAGGGCGCGCCAGCGCGGUCCGCGGAGGCACUUGCCGCGGCGGCGCCCUCGGCGAGCGCUGCCGCCAGAGCCGAUUCGGCCCUGGCCGCCGCCGCCGCCGAGGUCGACGAGGCGGCCGCGGGCGAGGCGGCAGCAAGCUGGCGCCGAGCACAGACCGCCGGGGAGCUCUGGCUGGCAGCCGCCGACGAGAGGGCGCUCGCGGCGCUGCUGGCCAGCGCGGGCUGCGGGGAAGCGCCUGGCGCCGCGGAGAUUUCGCUGCUGGAGCUGCGGCGGGCGCUCCUCCAGCACCUCGGGGGCCUGUCGGAGCAGGAGGCCACGGCGCUCUGCUCCCUGGUUGCGGGCGUUCCAGCGCCGCCGCCUGGCGGGGGGCCUCCUGGCGUUCUGCCCGCUUCGGAGGCCGCGUGGCGGCAGGUGCUCCAGCGAGGGGGGCACGUCGCGGCGGACCGCGUCCGCGAGUACCUGCAG